GUAUCGGUGCAACAACAGAAAGUGGUCUAACUCCUCUCCAUGUAGCUAGUUUCAUGGGUUGCAUGAACAUUGUAAUCUAUCUACUACAACACGAUGCCAACCCAGAUGUUCCGACUGUUAGAGGAGAAACUCCAUUACAUUUAGCCGCCAGGGCUAAUCAAACCGAUAUCAUACGUAUCUUACUUAGAAAUGGUGCUCAAGUUGACGCAAGGGCUAGAGAACAACAAACUCCUCUCCAUAUAGCCUCACGACUAGGAAAUGUAGACAUAGUCAUGCUACUUCUCCAGCAUGGUGCCAAAGUUGACAAUGCUACCAAAGACAUGUACACCGCUCUCCACAUAGCAUCUAAGGAAGGCCAGGAUGAGGUAGCGGCUGUGCUGCUCGACAAUGGAGCCUCCUUGGAUGCCACAACGAAAAAGGGUUUCACUCCUCUUCAUUUGGCAGCCAAAUACGGUCACCUCAAAGUGGCUAAACUACUUCUACAGAAAGAAGCUCCUGUGGAUGCUCAGGGCAAAAAUGGAGUUACUCCAUUACACGUUGCUUCCCACUAUGACCAUCAGAGUGUAGCUCUACUUCUUUUAGAUAAAGGUGCUUCCCCACAUGCUACGGCAAAAAAUGGGCAUACUCCACUCCAUAUAGCUGCCAGGAAAAACCAGAUGGACAUCGCCAACACCCUACUGGAGUAUGGUGCCCAGCCCAAUGCAGAAAGCAAGGCUGGGUUCACACCACUACACUUGAGCUCUCAGGAAGGUCAUGGUGAAAUGUCUGCUCUGCUGGUGGAACAUAAAGCUGAUCCGAAUCAUGAGGCGAAGAAUGGUCUCACUCCCCUCCACCUGUGCGCUCAAGAAGAUAGAGUACCCGUCGCCGAAGUGCUGGUCAAAAAUGGUGCAGAAGUCAAUGCUGCAACUAAAGGGGGCUACACUCCUCUCCACAUAGCCAGUCACUACGGACAGACAAACAUGGUGAAGUUCCUCCUUCAGAAUGGCGCUAAUGUGGAAUCGACGACAUCUCUGAACUAUACACCUCUUCAUCAAGCUGCUCAACAAGGCCAUGCGAAUAUUGUCAACAUACUUCUGGAGAACAAUGCUGAUCCUAAUGCAGUGACAACGAGUGGUCAAACUCCGCUGAACAUCGCCCAGAAACUAGGAUACAUCACUGUCAUCGAAACCCUUAAAGUUGUGACGACAGUGACAACAAUCACAACAACAACGACAACCAAUAUUGAAGAGAAAUACAAAGUGCAGGCACCGGAGCUGAUGCACGAGACCUUCAUGUCCGAUUCCGAGGAGGAAGGUG